AUGGGGUCGACGGGUGUGGAUAGUGUAGCUCAGAGCAGCAAUGCGACGUACAACCGCCCCAAGACGCGGCAGAGGGUGCAGAAAGCGCCACCCGUGCUCGACGUGCCUGAUAUUGACGAGGAUGCGGCCGAGAGAAAGAGGGUGCUCAAUGUGCUGGCACAGCGGCGAUACCGCGAACGAAAACGAGAGGCAAGGACCAAAAGCAAGGACACGAAGCAGCAAGAUGACCUUUCCGCUGUCGAUGGUAUCCAGCCACCAGCCUCUUCGUCCCAUCCAGAUGGAUCCCUUUCAUCAGUGUCCCCUCCGGAUGCGCCUCGGACCAGUGUUUCACCCAACGACCUUCUGCUGACGUCUGGCCUGGAUCUUGGCCUGGACAUGCCAUGGAACGCGGUAUCUCUCGAGCCUACCUCCGUUUCGACGCUCGCCGAGACAUUCCCAUGCGCGUCUUUUGAGACGAUCAUGUGGGACUCCCUCUCCACCCCUUCGUCUUCCUCCCCGCCCGGCUCCUCGUCGAGCCUCUCCUCCAACUUGAUAGCCAACAGCACCGCCAUGUCCUCCAUCAACCGCUCCCAUCUCGGCACCCCGGCUGCACCGUCACCCGGCGAGCCCUUUGCGCCGCCGGUCCCCGUCGACGACUUCACCGACCGCUACCUGCUCCCCAUGGCCGACCUGACGCUCCUCCGCGCCUUCCUCAGCAUAGCGGACCGCCUCGGCUGCGCCACGGAACUCUGGUCGCCGACGUCCAACUCGCCCUUCAACAAGGGCGGCGGCACGCCAGCGGCGCUGCUGCCGCCCAACUUCCGCCCGACGCCGACCCAGCGGCAGCUGCCGCACCACCCGAUGCUCGACUUUUUGCCGUGGCCGUCGGUGCGCGACCGCAUCAUCAGCAUCUUCAACAUGCCCGAGGCGCUGCGGCCGCCCGGGGCGCGCGACGCGCUGGCGCCCAUCCAGUUCGCCUACGACCUCGAGGACGAGGCCGAGGGCGUGCGCAUCUGGGGCGGCGACCCGUACGACGCCACCGGCUGGGAGAUCGGCCAGACGUUCUUCGAGCGGUGGUGGUUCAUCUUUGACAGGGACGUUGUGGCGCAGAGCAACCGGCUCAGGGAGAUUCGGGGCGCGGCGCGGCUGCACUUGAGGGGGCCGCGGGUUGAGGAGCUGGGAGGGUGA